AUGGACUCGUCGCACAAGUCCUCCUCAUCGCACCGGUCGUCCAUCUCGUCGACGCCUCCCUCGCACUCGAAGGGGUCGGGAGAUAAGGUGCGGCCUAACUAUAAGCUGACAUACACUCUGGCCGGGCAUACGAAGGCGGUGUCGUCGAUCAAGUUCUCGCCCAACGGCGAGUGGUUGGCCUCCUGUUCGGCCGAUAAGAUCGUGAAGCUGUGGGGCGCCUAUGACGGCAACUCGGCAUGUUUCUCGCCCAACGGCGAGUGGUUGGCCUCCUGUUCGGCCGAUAAGAUCGUGAAGCUGUGGGGCGCCUAUGACGGCAAGUUUGAGAAGACCAUCGCUGGCCAUAAGCUCGGCAUUAGUGACAUCUCCUGGAGCUCCGACUCCCGGCUCCUCGUCUCCGCCUCCGACGACAAGACCCUCAAGAUCUGGGAAUGCGCUACAGGCAAAGGACUGAAGACACUGAAGGGUCACUCGAAUUAUGUCUUUUGCUGUAAUUUCAAUCCGCAGUCAAAUCUAAUCGUUUCCGGAUCUUUUGACGAAUCGGUUCGCAUAUGGGAUGUAAAGACCGGCAAAUGUCUGAAGACACUGCCGGCCCACUCGGAUCCGGUCUCUGCGGUGCACUUCAACAGAGACGGCACACUAGUGGCCAGCAGUUCGUACGACGGCUUGUGUCGCAUUUGGGACACGGCUUCGGGUCAGUGCCUGAAGACACUGAUCGACGACGACAACCCUCCCGUCUCUUUCGUCAAGUUCUCGCCGAACGGCAAAUACAUUUUGGCCGCAACUCUGGACAACACUUUGAAGUUAUGGGAUUACAGCAAAGGAAAGUGUCUCAAGACAUACACCGGUCAUAAGAAUGAGAAAUAUUGUAUUUUUGCCAACUUUUCGGUCACCGGCGGAAAGUGGAUUGUCUCGGGAUCUGAGGAUAAUUUGGUUUACAUCUGGAAUCUGCAGACCAAAGAAAUAGUGCAGAAGUUGAGCGGACACACGGAUGUGGUUCUGUGCACUGCAUGUCAUCCCACGGAGAAUAUCAUCGCAUCGGCCGCUCUCGAGAACGACAAGACUAUUAAGAUGUGGAAGAGUGACACUUAGAGCCAGUUGUCGACCGGUUUUCCAAUACAAUUGUAUCUCAUAUUCCAUAAUUUGAUUCAUUAUUCAAUCCUCUCAUCACGUUUUCAACUAAAAUAUUUUGUACCAUUUAUUUAUUCAUCGAUUGCGAGC